AUGGCCCCCAAAGCUCGUCUGGCUGCCUAUAAGGUUUGCUGGAAUGCUGGUUGCUUUGACUCCGACAUCCUCGCUGCCUUUGACUCCGCCGUGUCAGAUGGUGUAGAUGUCAUAUCCUUAACUGUUGGUGGCGUUGUUGUGCCUUACUACCUUGACGCAAUUGCCAUCGGUGCUUAUGGUGCUUCCGACCACUAUGUUUUCGUCUCAGCUUCUGCCGGUAACGGUGGCCCUGGCGGACUCACUGUCACUAACAUAGCACCCUGGGUCACUACUGUAGGAGCCGGAGCAAUUGAUCAUGACUUUCCUGCUGAUGUAAAGCUAGGAAAUGGCGGAGACGGUUACUCUGCUUCCUUGUGUCUGGAAGGUUCUCUAGAUCCUAAAUCUGUCAAGGGUUUAUGUGAUAGAGACAUCAAUUUUAGAGCUCAAAAGGGGGAAGUUGUUAAGAAAGCAGGCGGCAUUGGUAUGAUUUUAGCAAAUGGAGUGUUCGAUGGUGAGGGUUUGGUUGCCGAUUCCCACGUUCUGCCAGCUACAUCAGUCGGCGAUUGA